AUGGCCCAGGCCCGAAAGCGGAAGCGGGAAGCUGCUCGCCUCCAGAGCAAGCUGCCCGGCGUGCUGCACUCCGACAACGCCAGCGUAGGCAAGCUCCGCAAGAGGCUGGUCAUCAAGAACGAGGUCAUCGCGGCGGUCGCGGAAUUCUGCGGGACUUUCCUCUUCCUCUUCUUUGCCUUCGGCGUCGCUACCCAGGCUGGUCAGCAGCAGCUGUCGCAGAGCGCGAACGGCAGCACCCAGACUGCUGGUACUUUAGACAGCAGUCAGCUACUCUACUCUUCACUUGGCUUUGGAUUCUCCUUGGCCGUGAACGCAUGGGUCUUCUUCCGUGUCUCGGGAGGCCUGUUCAACCCCGCCGUCACGCUGGGCUUGUUCCUCUGCGGCGCCGUCACCUGGUACCGAGGUGCGAUUCUGUUCGUCGUCCAGUUCGUCGCCGCCAUCGCCGCGGCCGGCGUUGCCCAGCUCGUUAUCCCGGGCGGCAUCAAUGCCCGGACGAGGCUUGGUGACAACGCAUCGCUUGCGCAGGGCUUCUUCAUUGAGAUGUUCUGCACCUCGUUGCUCAUGUUCGCCAUUUACAUGCUGGCGGGCGAGAAGCACAAGGCGACGUUCAUAGCGCCCGUCGGGAUCGGUCUCGCGCUGUUCUUGGCCGAGAUGUUCGCCACUGGCAUCACGGGCGGAUCGCUCAACCCUGCUCGCACGCUCGGACCCGACGUUAUCGCUGCUUCUUUCGACCAAUCCACGUGGAUCUACUACACAGCCCCAUUUGUGGGCACGAUGCUCUCCGCCGCAGUGUACUGGGCGCUCAAGGCAUCCCACUACGAGACUGCCAACGUGGGCCAGGACGACGGGGACACAGAGGCGCUGAUCCUGCGCGACGUCCGGGGCAACGUCACCGGUGCCGUCCAGCGCGUCGACGCCUCCGAGGUUCCCCACAUCCCCGGCCUCGACAACCGAUCCACGGUGUCCUUUGCGAACCAUCCAGACGGUAUGAUCACUCCUCACAUCGAGGCCGGGGGCGGCGGCGGCGGCGGCGGCGGCAGUCGCGCCCCGAGCAUCAUCACGACCGGUCCAGAGGGCGAUCGGGCCAGCUUGUACUCCCCGGCCACCGCCGCCGCGGGCCGCGAGAGUUUCGACGAGAAAGAAGGCGCCCUGCUUCAGGUGGACCCGGGACGGCAGAAUGGGGCCAUCGGGCAGGACAAUCACGCCGCAGGCGUCGCUGAGACGGACUUCUCGCAGGGCAAAGCUUCUGCUUGA